CGGAAAUUUCAAUUUUAAGAAGAACGUUGGGAUUUUAAAAGUGUAUGGUGAAGAUGAAGACUCAUGCAGAGGACCCCUCUGCUACUACACCUGCCUCUGCAGUCAAAAGAGUAAAGAAAGUGCGACGCAAGAUCAUCAGGAGUGACUUGAAUUUAUCUAGGAAUCGUAUAAUUAAAGCUCUUGGAUUGAAUACAAGUGCAGCUAACCGCUCAUUGAUCGCAAGAAGCACAUUGCGAGCUAAUAACCGUGCUCUGGCCCAGGCUCUGGAGAAUGCCAAACAGGAGAACCGCAUGUUGAACCAGGCGUUGGUGGAGGAGAAGGCCGAGCGACAGAACAUCAUGCUAAAACUGACCACUCUGAACAGGGUGGCUGGACUGACCAAUGAUAGCAUAGAGGCUGAAGUCCAGAAGCGAUUUGAUAAUCGGAUGUUUGACAAUCGCAAGCUGCUGAACACAAUAAGCUCCCAGCUGCUGGGAGUGGUGGAGCUACUGGGAGAAGCGCUGGAGACGACGAGUGGACGGCACUCGUCCCUGGGGUCUGGACGGGCUUCUGCCACGGGGGAGCCCGACGAACUGACAGAGGGUAUCUCUGUCUCCAGGCGAUCCAUCUACAACCAACCCGUCCGUAACGUCUUUGACAAGGGAGUGCCGAGACUGUCUGGGGGACAGCCUGGGAGUGAAGCCGUCCCUGGUCACUUUCCAGUGCAAUUGUCCGGUGUGGCGGCUAACCUCAGUCUGAUCGCAGAGUCUGUAGACCAUUUGGACGGUAUGGACACAGACCAGCAGCCUAAUUUACUGACCAAAGUCUCAGAGGAUGAGGAGGCAGAGGGAGCCAGAGGUAGACCUGGGAGUGUACACGAACCUGGAGAACCAAAGAGAUUGCUGUCUCUCCUUCCUCAACGUGUGCCGAAAAAGGCAGGUUCAUCAAGUGACAAUGCAACAGAAUCUGUUACAGAACAACAAACAGAUGUUGGGGGUCAAAAGACAAAGGCCACAGAGGCUGGUGAAUGGUCAGGCCAAGGAAAAAGCUCUAGUAUCAGCAAACCUUUAGGGACUGGAAAACAGCCAGGGCCCAGUAAGGAGCCCUCUGCAACUGUCGCCACAUGUAAGGCUACAAAGCCAGGACUUGGUGCUGGAAAACCCUCUAAAAGGAGCAAGAGAAAAAGGUCUCCUGAAACAGAAGAGUCAUUUGACAGUACAGGACAUUGUGAAAGUGGGGAAGAGAUAGCAAUGCCUGGUGACGGGACUGAGCAGAAAGGCAUAGAUCGCAGGGGGACUUUUGUCCUCCCAAUCAUACAAGCAGAACGAAAAGAGCCCAGAAAAAGUAGCGUACAACCUGAGAGUGAGGAAGAGUUGUCAUCGCCCACUGAUAAGGCUGAGGAAAAGACUGCAGACCGCAGGGGAACUUUUGUUUUGCCUGCCAACCCAGCUGAAUCAAACGAGCACAGCAAAGGCUGUAAGUCAUCAAAGCCAAGCCGUAAGGAAGCCUUUACGCUGCCAUCAGUGCUUCGUGCCAUCAGGAGACCCUCUGAACAAACAGUGGACGAGUCUGAAGAAGUGGAAAAGCAAGCAGACAAACGCGGGGAGAAGCGAACCAGCAAACGUCAGACUUACAGUAUUCCCAACCCAUUCAAACCGGCAUCAAAAUGUAGCGAUCAGACACAAGACCGUGCAGAUCAACAGAUGAAAGGCUAUGACAUGACAGAGACAACUGCGAAGGAAAGACGCAAGAAGAUGGCUGCUAAACGGCAGGAUGGCAGUUCUGCGGACAACCUAGCCGAAAAUGCUUCUUCUUCUGUCCUUGCCAAGACCUCAGGGAAAGCAAGGAGGGGAACAUUUCUUCUGCCUGCCAGAAAAACGGAUGCCAAAGAAUCGGCAGACGGAGGCCUGACCUCUGACACAGAGGAGGAAAUAGAAAAGUUUUUCAAAGGUGAAGGGGAUUCCCUUUUGGUUGAGCGAAGCUUUGAGUUGCCUAGUAAUAAGGACAGUGGUGCUCCACAGUUGAGUGUUGAGCCUGCUCAAAGUGCAGCCAGUGACCAGUAUGGUGCCAACAUGAUGGAAGAGGAUGAUGCCACUGUCCUUAUGGACAUGGAUAUGGAGUUCACAGAAGUCAUCAACAUCCCCAUGAUUCUGGGGGGACAGUCCAUGACAAUGUCGUGUGUGCCUGUCCUACAGCCGGCACAGCAAGGCAGUGGAUCGGCAAUACCAGCGACGAAGGCUCAGCAUGAACCCAAGUCCUACGAGCCCAACAAACCUGCAACCACAACCACACAUGCCGUGAAAGAAAAGGAGAGGGCCCUCCCAGCCACUGAGGAGUCUGAGGAUGACCAGGGGAAAGGUAAAGGUGAGCCCAAGGACCCUGCAACCACAAGCACAUGUGCCCUCCCAGCCAGUAAGGACUCUAAUAAUGACCAGGGUAAAGCUAAAGGUGAGCCCAUGGACCCUACAACCACACGUGCCAUCAGAGAAAUGGAGAACGCCCUUCCAGCCACUGAGGAGUCUGAGGAUGACCAGGGUAAAGGGAAAGGUAACGAGUCUGCCAAGAGUCUCGUGGAGGUCCGAGUUGGCAAACUGGGUGAUGUCCGCUAUGCUGUGGGCCGCAAAGACGAUAAUGGUGUCAGACAAGCAGUCCCCGAAAAACUCCCCGCCAAAACUCGAUCCAAGCAGAGAAAGCCUAAGGCUUCGGCUAAGUCAAGCAGCAAGUCAAACGUGCUCCAAACUGAGCGUACAUCUACAGAACCCCCUUCCAUAUUUGACUACCAUGACAAAACUCCUCAGGUCACUAAGGAGAAGACAGCCUCCUCACACAAAUCUGUUUUUGAUGUCUCCAUGAAUGAAUCGUGUGUGGGGCAGAAGUUUACUUUCCAGGAGUUCCGCAAACAGCUGUCCAGAUGCUCGUCUGCCUCCACAGAUGAAGAUCAGCUUCAGGCUGGCAAAGAAAGCAAAGCUAAAAAGCCAAGAAGCAAAUCCAGGUCAAAAGCCAAAAAAAACGACACAGUGGAUAAUCUUGUUGAGGAAAGUGAUAGUAAUCCAGAAGAGAAGCGAAGCAAGGAAAAGAUGGCUCCAAAACCCAGGAGUAAUCAGAGAAGAGCAUCUGCACGGUUAGAAUCACUUAAGAGCACCGAUUCGGAAAAAGAAAACACUGAUAAUGUCACAUCUAAAGACCCCAAGUCACAGACAACUGAGAACAAGAAGCAAAGUGAGUGUCGAAAAUCUCAAGCUAAAGAAGGCAGUCGGCAAGGUAUCCUCAUCAAUUCAGGGACAGUCUCGGAUGAUGACUCGCCAGUCGUGAAGAAGGCUCGUCUGAAGAAGAGGGUGACUAUUGCCAUUAUGCCUGACACGGACAGUGAGGAGGAAGUGGGAAAGGAGGUUGAGGAAGCAGCUCAGGUUAAUCCUGUCAUAGAGGAGACCCCAGUGCCAGCCAGUAGACGUCACCUAUCCAGACUCUCCCAGAACAUCUCCCCUCCAGACCACAGGGGCCAGGAACAGCAGCAGAAGGGAGGGGCUGAGAACCAGUGUCCUGAAACGACCGAUCAGGUGCCUGCCAGCCCUACAGACAAGCAGGCGUGCCUUGACAACCAUAAACGUACAUCCAGUGAGCUUCUGGCAUUGUAUAACCAACUGGAUCAGUUCGGUGAAGAUGAUGAAAACUCCAGGAAACGUAGACGAAGAGGUGCCACUAAUGUCUGCUACAAGGAGCCAAGACUGAGAAGUAAACUGCGACAAGGGGACAAAUACACAAGUUCAGUGUAUGGAGAAAACGAACUGCCAACAAAGAAGAAAGCUGGUCGAUCUAGAAGCAAGAGCAGCCUGGCAAAACGCUCCUCAACCCGUCCUCUUAUUGAUACUCAGUAACUGUUUUAUACAUACCAUUGCUAGUCUUUGCACAUAUUCUACCUUAUUAUCCAUUGUAUAUAUUUAACAUACAUGUCUGUAAUGUGUGUGUAGGUGUAGCCAUGGGUUAGCUACAUGUAUGUUAUGUGUGUGUAGGUGUAGCCAUGGGUUAGCUACAUAUAUGUUAUGUGUGU